UUCGUCAAUAAAAAAUGUACAAACACAAACAUACCUUAAUACAUGAAAUAAUUAAACAAAUAGAUUUGAGAUUUGACCGUGUUUCGAAUAAAGUCAUUUAUAUUAUUCAUACAGGUCGAAGAUGACCUCGUACUAUCAUACAUUUUAUAGAAAAUAACUGAAUAAAAUAUGUGAUACAUGUAAUUACUAUCAACUACUCUAACUUCUUUCAUCUCUAUUAAGAAAAUAGUAAGUAUAACUAUUGAAUAUAAAGCAGAGUACAUGCUUUGUUGACAGAUACAUACUUUUAAAAAAAUGUAAGAUUGUGCGAUUUACAUCGCUUAUUUAUUAUUUUUAAACAAUUAUAACAUUGUUAACUGUUACAAAAUCUCUAUAUAUCGAAUGUAUUUGUUGACUCCUUGUGUUCUUUUUUUUCUAACAUAGUGUGACAAUUUGUAUAAUAUGUGCAUACAAUAUAACAAAUAUAAAACAGAGUUGUUGCCAAAUACAGUAUCAAAUGAUAGUGUAUUGUAGAAUACAAUAUCAAAUGGCAUUGCUUUAUAAUAGGUUAUUAAUACAAAUCUUUCAAGCAGGAAAGUUAUUUUGAGCAUACCCUGAAGGUUGAUUGCCAACCUUAGAAAUUCAGAAUCUAUUCCUUCAAUUUAAUAUCAGAAAACUGUUUUGAUUAAAUUCAUUUAAAAAUGGACUCAGAUUCUGCAGACAUGGUGAACGAAAUCAAAAGCAAGAUAAUAUUGCACUGGAAUUGCCGGGGUCUUGUGGAAUUUCCUGAAGCAAUAAGAAUCUAUGGAAGUCACAUUCAAGAAAUAUAUUUGAAAUGGAAUAAACUUACAGCAUUGCCUCCAUGGAUCAUAGAAUUAUUCAACGUUACUAAUUUGUAUAUAUAUGGAAACUUAAUCAAAGAACUACCUCCAGAACUAUGUCAAAUGAAUCGGUUAACAGUCCUUGAUUUAAGUGCUAAUAAACUAGAACUAAUACCUCCUUCUAUAGGAAAUUUAAUUAACUUAAAGUCUUUAUUGUUAAAUGAAAAUUUCAUAGACAAAUUGCCAGCUGAAAUGAAUAAAUUGCAUAACUUAGAAAUUUUGUCUAUUUCUGGAAAUAAAUUUGUUGCAUUACCAGAAUGGAUUGGUUCAUUGCCUAAGUUGAAGGAAUUAAAUGCAGAUAAUAAUUAUUUAAAAGAAUUACCCAACAGACUCACCUUAUCACCAGAAAUAUCAAUCAUUUCUGUGUGUUCUAACAGGCUAAGGUAUCUACCACUAAAUGGAUUUGUAUCGUCUCCUAGCAUCAAAUUUGAUGCAAAUGUAUAUUUAAAUUAUUUGUCUUAUCCAGUUCUUUAUCAGUUAACAUCUCAAAUUCAAGACACACUUACAUAUGAUCAAAGAAGUGUUUUGGGUUAUGGAUGUUUCAAAAUGUAUUGCGAGAACACGGUAUUACGUAGAAAUAUAAAGUUAAACGUAAAAACAAAUGGAAAAAAUACUGAUUUUACAAUUGAAUUGCCACGGCAGCUUUUAAAAGUUCACAACAUACAUGAAAAUACAGUUGUUUCUUUGUGGGAGUUAGCUUUGAGAAAAACUUAUACCGAAAGGUAUAAGCACACACUUAGUAUUAUUACAUCACCUGUAAAUAUAAGUGUUCAGUAUGAACCGAUUGCCAUAAAUAAUUAUCAAAACCUUGAAAUUACAAUGUACCCCAUAAACUGUGCUUCGUGUAACUUGUUAACAAAUGGACCUGUUAGUAUUUGUGUACAUUCUCAAUGUCAACAGCCAAUCUUCACGGAAGCUUGGGUUAUUGUUGGUGUUAGCAAUCAUGCACAGUCUAUAAUAACAGUUGCAUUAUGCUGCUGUAAAAGAUGCGCAUCUGAAUUUGCGAAAUAUUCCAAAUUGGCCGUCAAUCACGACUGGUAUCAUAUAAAUUAAUGAUACUUACAUUGUUUAGUACGUAAUUCUGUAAAUAUAACAUAUAAAAAAUAAAAGAGUUUAAUAUUUUUAAAUUA